AUGUCCGACAACGAAACAACCACCGUGCCUACAGAGGCACCUGAAGUGUACACCGGGACAAGUGUGACAGCUCAACGAGAUACUCCACAGACACGGAAGAGUAACCGUACGUGGCGAGAGCAGAAGACGCCAUUACGGAUCAGCGCGCUUGGAGUUGGAAAAACAGCAUGGGAGAAGCGAGUGCAAGCUCGGACAGAGGCAGCAGCAUUCAAGGCACGAGUUCAAGAGAUGAAGGAUGAAAAGGAGGGUGAGCGACGGCGGCGAAUGGAGGAACGGGCAGCAAGAGAAGCUGCGAAGAAGGAAAAGGAGCGGUACGCGGAACUGGCCAAGAAAAUGCAUGCAAAGAAACUGGAACGACUACGAAGAAAGGAGAAACGCAACAAGAUGCUCAAGGAGCGUUAA